UCUACCAACAGCUUAGAAACAAUGAACUGUCUACUGCUGGGAACCGUGCUGUUGGGGAGCCUGGAGGUCUGUGUCACAGCACAAGUUCCAGUGAUGCUGGCUCCGCCUACCCAGGUGAGGUUUGACUCUGUGGACUAUAAAAACAUCCUGCGCUGGACUCCACCUAAUAUCAGCGAGCCACUGCUGUUCAACAUCCAGUGGAAAAUUUAUGGAGAGCCUCAGUGGUUGGAUGUCGAAGGCUGUCAGGGGAUCCAGAAGCCCCAGUGUGACCUCAGCAGUGUGACCUCUGAACCCAGAGAGUGGUAUUAUGCCAGAGUGCAUGCCUCCUCCCAGCCCUCCAGCAAAUCAGCUUGGGCUCUCUCCCCAAGAUUCAGCCCACGCUGGAACACCAAAAUCAGCCCUCCUCAUCUGAAGCUGAACGUCACGGAGCAAGGGAUUGUGAUCCGUGUAAAGCCCCCAAAAGUUCUUGUGAAGAAGAUGCACAACAGUCUGAAUUUCAAGAUUUACAUCACUCACACAGAUGGAGGAGAACAGGAGGUGUUUGACAUGGAGUGCUGCUCUAACAAGCUGACCCUGAGCGAUCUUAAACACAAAGACAGAUACUGCUUCCAAGCACAAACUACCAUCCCCCACCAGGCCAAGAGCAGCAUUCGUAGCUCUGAGAGAUGUGUCACUGUACUCUGAUCACUCGGACAAACUACAAUCUGAUGCACUGAAGGACCUGACUUCCAUCGCUUUAGCUUUUGUUUUUACCGCUACCUCCACUGCUGCAGCCAUG